UACAUGAAAUACAUAUACGGUCCCCCUGUGUUUACCUGACGAUAUACCGGUUUAAAUUAUCUCAGCGUGUGACACAUGACAGGGCGAGCAAUACAGAGUGUACGUCCUGCAACAUGUUGCGUGUGAGCGCUCUGUACGCUGUGCUCAGCACGUGCAUCCUACUCACGUUAGCAGACCGUGACUACCAGUCGUGGAGCGAGAACACACAUCUAGAUAAACCUUUCUCACUCUUAUGUAACGACACUGACGUCCAGAUUGAAUCAGGUGAUCAGAUACUCUGGACACGACUUAACCAUGACAGACCUGUGGCCAACGACACGCAGUUUGAGCUUCAGACGACCUUCGGGAUCGAAAACAUGACCUUGUUCUUCAAGAAGGUCACCGGAAGCCUGGCAGGCAUCUACUUCUGCAACAUCUACAACGCCAGCGGCUUCGUGAGCAGAAUUGUCAGGGGCAUCAACGUUGGUGGGCCGCUGUAUGACGACUACAUUGACAAGUAUCGCUGGAACAUCGUGGUCGGCGUCGUGGCGGCGGCGUGCGUCAUGUUCAUCAUCAUCGGCAUCGGCGUCGUGGACAACUUCCGGUACCAGUCGCCGGAGCAGAAGGAGAAGCGGAGGGCGAGGCGGAACCACGCCAAACAGCUACACCAGCAACAUAACGGCGACGGUGGCAAGCCGGACACGACUGACCACGAGAUGACCUACGACACGGCUGACCAUGAGAUGACCAACAACCACGACAAGACGGGAGACAACCUGGGCUAUGAACCGGAAGGAAAUACACACCUUUGAGUCUCAAGGUCAAACUAAACUACAUUUUAGUAUUCACCUAUUUUUAAAAUUAUGUGACUUUUUUAUGUUAUUUUACAUUCAUAAAUAAAAUCAAAAUGCCAAUCACUGCUUCUAUAAAUUAAAUGAAUACUAUUUAUACUUUUAUAUUUAAGAAA